AUGGAAACUGCCCUAAAUCAGUACGCCACACUCCAGGACCCUGGUCGCCAAGUGAAGCAAUGGGUAUCUCUGGUGAGGGAGUUAGCCUACGAUACCGAGGGUCUGUUUGACAAGUUCAUGCGCCACCUCGGCAAUGGCAACCGCCAUGAUGGCGGCUACAAGGAGUUUUUUCGCAAAGCUGCUCGGCGUCUAAAGACGCUUGGAGCUCGACAUGGGAUCGCCAGCCAAAUCGAAGACUUGAAGCGUCGUAUCAAGGAUGUGAAAGACCUCAAGACCAGUUAUGAGCUACCUGGCACUGAUUGUAGCAUGGCGCGCCAUGCCACUGUAGAUCCCCGGCUGGCUGCUCUUUUUGCUGGGGAGGAAAACCUUGUUGGUAUUGACGGUCCAAGAGAUGAUCUUGCCCAGUGGAUGGAAAAAGGAAACAAUCAUCGUCGCAAGGUCUUGUCUAUUGUGGGCUUCGGUGGAUUGGGAAAAACAACACUAGCAAAUGCAGUAUAUCACAAGAUUCAAAGGCAUUUUGAUUGUCAUGCUUUUGUCUCAGUCUCCCAACAGCCAAAUCCAAAGAAAAUUAUCAGGAGUGUGAUCUCACAAGUGCCCCACAACUCUGAAUUCACAAGAGAUAUGGACACUUGGGAAGAAUGGCAAUACAUUACAAAGCUAAGAGAACUACUACAAAACAAGAGGUAA